CAGCCAUGGAGGGAUCUGCCGCCGCGCCGCUCCGCACGCGCGUGUGCAUCAUCGGCAGCGGCCCGGCCGCGCACACGGCGGCCAUCUACGCGGCCCGCGCGGAGCUCAAGCCCGUGCUCUUCGAGGGCUGGAUGGCGAACGACAUCGCGGCGGGGGGCCAGCUCACCACCACCACCGACGUCGAGAACUUCCCGGGCUUCCCCACGGGCAUCAUGGGCAUCGACCUCAUGGACAACUGCCGCGCCCAGUCCGCGCGCUUCGGGACCAACAUCCUCUCCGAGACCGUCACCGAGGUCGACUUCUCCGCGCGCCCCUUCCGCGUCGCCUCCGACUCCACCACCGUCCUCGCCGACGCCGUCGUCGUCGCCACGGGCGCCGUCGCGCGCCGCCUCCACUUCGACGGCUCCGACGCCUACUGGAACCGCGGCAUCUCCGCCUGCGCCGUCUGCGACGGCGCCGCGCCCAUCUUCCGGAACAAGCCCAUCGCCGUCAUCGGCGGCGGCGACUCCGCCAUGGAGGAGGGCAACUUCCUCACCAAGUACGGAUCCAAGGUGUACAUCAUCCACCGCCGCGACACCUUCCGCGCCUCCAAGAUUAUGCAGGCCAGGGCGCUCUCCAACCCCAAGAUCCAGGUCGUCUGGGACUCUGAGGUCGUCGAGGCCUACGGCGGCGCAGGCGGCGGCCCCUUGGCUGGGGUUAAGGUCAAGAACUUGGUUACUGGCGAGGUCUCUGAUCUUCAGGUGUCUGGGCUCUUCUUCGCCAUCGGGCAUGAGCCGGCCACCAAGUUUCUCAAUGGCCAGCUUGAGCUCCAUGCCGAUGGGUAUGUGGCCACCAAGCCAGGAUCUACACAUACCAGUGUAGAGGGCGUCUUUGCUGCUGGGGAUGUGCAGGACAAGAAGUACCGUCAGGCCAUUACUGCCGCUGGAUCAGGGUGCAUGGCUGCCUUGGAUGCGGAGCACUAUCUGCAAGAGGUCGGUGCACAGGAGGGCAAGUCUGAUUGACUAUCUCUUGAUGAAAGGAUCACCUCCAGCCCUUCCACAAGUCCAUUGGCGGCGCUGAAAGCCGCACUCUGAGAUUGCCGGUGUGUGUUGGCUCGUCUCCCGAUUAUUUCUGUAGAUUUCUUAUGAUGCUUAUUAGCACAACAUUAUUCGAGUAGCAACUCGCACUGGUGUCCUGGAAAAUUAUUUGCAUGUGAACGGAGCUUGAAUUGAUUGACAUUUAGGAUUGAUGAACUCAUAUUUUUCUCA